AUGAAUAUCCACUAUCUUGUCAUCUUGUCAUUAUUAAGUCAAAUCUGGAGCUAUUCUAUUUCCAAAUUUGGUUUUCCUCGUAUAAGUCCCAAAUCUAAAAGAGAUUCAGUAGAAGUGGUUAUAGGAGGUGAAGAUAUUGCCAAUGUUGCCAAAUAUGCCAAACAUAGAGUUCCUGAAUUAGCUGGACAGUGGAAGAAGAUAGUUAAAAACAAGAUUAUUGAUAAAUUACAAGAUGAUGGUACUAAAGAAGCUAUUGAGAAACAAUCGUUAGUUAAUGCUGAAAUAGCUAAUAUGAUAGCUACGGGUAAAUUGAAAGCGAUUGAAGAGACGAAACAGGAGAUUUUAUCUCUGAAAUCUGCCAACAAACCAUCAAGUUUAAAAUCUCAAAUCAAUGAUUUUGGUGUCAAAGAUUAUGAAUCUUCAAUUGACCCACCUGAUAGUUUUGAUGAAUAG